UGUCACCUUCCCUCUUGAGCGGGAUCGACGCCACGCACGCUGGUGCACAUGGGUGACUCGCGGCGGGAUGCGGUGAUCGACUCGCGGCGGGACGCGGCGACCGCGGCGCUGGUGAUCGACUCGCAGCGGGAUGCGGACCUCGGCGCGCUGGUGUCCAGCGCGCGAAGGGUACCCAAGGCCACGGAGGCGCUGGCUGCAGCGCCACACUUUGCCGAGAAGGAGGGCUGGCAGCUGUGCUUCACAGACGGCAGCUGCCUCAGCUUCUCCAGGGCCCACUCCGCGCUGGGCCUGCUCUACACGCCCCUGGAGAGCGAGGAGCGGCGCGUGAAGACGCUGGGCCUGGUCUUCGUGGAGGAGAGCAGCGAUGCUGGCAGCGUGAGGGGCUGGCACGUGCCCCCCGGCUGGGCCUACAAGUCUUACUAGUGACGUGACUCGCGCAGCCUGCAAGGUAUCACUGACGAGUGCCUCGCACUGGGAGGUUCACGGAGAAGCAGGGACGGGGGGACCUUGUCUUAUUCCGUGACAUUGUUCCCCAGCCAACGCGACUGGUUUGCUUGCCAAUUCGAGCGUCCACCGUACGUGGAGCGCUUGCGCCUGUUUUCUUUUUGAAAGCAGCAGGGUGCGGUCGGGAUCAGCAGACGAGCCUACGAGGAGGAGGAGGAGGAGCGCAACGUGGGGUGCACGAGGCAUUGGUGGCCGGCGCUGCCAGGCAUCGGCUUCGCCUCCCGGGUCUCACCUCACCGCCCACGCCGCUCGGCCCCACUGGCCCGACAACUCGGCGCCCGGAGCGCCGCGUGCGCACUUGCGAGCGAGAAGGCAG